GCCGACUAAAAUCUGCCACUGUCGAGGUGCUCACGCGAUGCGUUUCUGUGUUGGAUGCUCUCGACGUCGUCGGCAGCGGCGGUGGGGUGGUGGUGAUCUCUUUUUUUCCACGGAGAGCGACAAAGUGGACACGUUGUAUGUAUGCGAAUAGUAGUCAGCACGCGUCGAGUUGACAGUUCAAUAUUAAAUUAAUUGUCGUGCUCAUACGAUGUCGCGGAGAGAGGAACGCCAAUUCGAUUGAAAGCACACUUAAUUUCAUCAAACCAAUGGUGAGGAAACGUGUAAAGCGAAAGGCCAUUGCUACAAGCAGCUCAAAUAACACUGGGCUUGUAGAAAACAGUGAAAAAAAUUCUACACAAGUGCAUAACAAGGACUUAACAAGUGUCAAAAAACUGUCUCCUGAUCAAGAUAUGACUCACAAUGAUCUUGGCUUAUUUCUAAAGAGACAUGUUCAACCUUUAUCAGAUAAUCCUGCAAGUGACAAAAUCACUAUGACAAAUAAACUAGGAGUCACGAUGUUGGGGACUACAAGUGCUACACGUCGAACAAAAGAUGUGCCAUCAACAUCGACAAAUGGUGCUCGGCUAAGAUCAGUUCAUAAUGAAGAUGAUCAAGUAACACCAAGAUCAAACAGUGAUAUUGAUCCAGAUCAUUUGACAUUGUGGCAACAUCCUAUUGUAACUCUCAAUUAUUUUAUUCGAGAGUUACUCAUUGACUGCCUUAGUUUUGCAAGGAAAGCUUUUCAAUACAGGAGAAGUGUAUUUUGUAUAGUAUCUUUACUUACGUUAUUCUUUGCUCUGGCUAGACUUUCUGGACCACAACAAGAACUUUUUAAAACUUGGGAAGCUCAAGUAAGAUGGUGUUUAUACUGGAUAGGCUUAGGAGUACUUUCAAGUGUUGGUCUUGGAACAGGAUUGCAUACAUUUGUUCUGUAUUUGGGUCCACACAUAGCAGCUGUAACGAUGGCAGCAUAUGAAUGUGGAGCUCUGAAUUUUCCAGAACCACCAUAUCCUGAUCAGAUAAUUUGUCCAACAACUGUAGAUAAGACAUGGGCAGUCACCAUAUUUAAUAUAAUGAGUAAGGUACGCAUUGAAGCCAUAAUGUGGGGAGCUGGAACUGCUCUUGGGGAAUUACCACCCUACUUCAUGGCAAGAGCGGCACGCACUAGUCGACAAAGUAGUAGAGAUCAAGAAUUUGAUCAAGAUGAACUCAAAGAAUUAGAAGCUCUUGAAGCCCUUGAAAGUGGAGAAAAUGUCCCAAUUAUUAUGCGUGCCAAAUUGGCAAUGAAGCAUUUUGUACAGAAGGCAGGAUUUUUAGGAAUAAUGGCUUGUGCAUCAAUUCCGAAUCCGCUGUUUGAUCUCGCUGGCUUGACUUGUGGUCACUACCUUAUUCCAUUUUGGACGUUCUUUGGUGCCACACUUCUAGGAAAAGCCAUUAUUAAGAUGCAUAUACAGCAAUUGGCUGUGAUAGUAGCAUUCAACGAAGAAUUAUUAGAUAAAGCAAUUAGUUUCUUGGCUUAUAUACCAUGGAUAGGUACCAAAUUACAAGAACCAUUAAAGACAUAUUUGGUUGAACAAAAACGAAAACUCCACGAUAAAUCGUCUGCUGAGCACAGUACAACGAUUUCCUGGUUAUUCGAUAAGUUUGUAAUCCUGAUGGUGUGCUAUUUCUUAGUGACAAUUAUUCAUGCGCUAGCGCGUAACCAUCAUCGAAGACGCACAAAGGCAUCAUCUGAUUGACAAACGUUAAAAUUAGAAUAAAUUCAUUUUUAUCAAAAAAAAAAGUAAGGUUAUAUUAGUAUGAUCCACCAUGCACUGUGCAAUCGAGAAAGAAAACAAAGAAAACCAAACUUCGCGGGGAAGAAGUAAUCGAAAUUUCCGCUCCAAUCUUACCUCGAUGUAAAAAUAAUUAUAAUCAAAUGAAGUCCUCCAAUCAAUCUGGUGCAUCAUACAGAAGCAUCUGUUAAAUAUAAAAUACUCCAAUUGACGUACCAUAUUUCGACCCAAAUUUUUUUAUUGCAAAAGGGUCUUUAUAAAACUUUGUACUUGUAUAAGUGCUUCUUGUGAUUAAACAAUAUUAAUUGAUUUUACUGUAAACUAUUUGUUAUAGCGAGGCUUGAGGUCAAAUGCUAGUUUAUGUCGUUGGACCAUACGUUUAUAAUUAUAUUGUAUAAUAAUCGAGAUGUGAAUUAUGUGAAUUGAGCGAACGCUUCUUUGCCGUGACAAAAUAUUUUAAAUGUAAAUGUCAUUUGUCUGUGCACAUGAACACGGAUCAGAAUCGUUCGCACGUUUUUUAUUUAUACAUAAGAUGCCGAUAAUGUGACGUGUUGUACGUGAGUUAGCCGAUCACAUUCCAUAAUUAUUAAAACAACGCGCGUUAUGAAAUAAAAAUGCCAGUUUUUUUUUCGUAUUUGCUUGAAAAACGAAUUUAUCAAGCAGCUAUACUCUGAAGGUACAAUAAAUGGUCAGCGAAGUAAUGUUAACUUCUCGUCACUGUUGAUUGUUAUGAAUCACAUCUGUAGCUUUUUUCAUGCCCUUCUGAGUCAUAUUCAAGUGAACCUUUUAGCAAAUAUAUAUAAUGAUUAUUAUUGUGUAAACUGUGAGGUAUUAAGAUUGAUUUAAGGAAUAUUUGUUCCUCUAAGUGAAUUUCUACAGCUUUAGAAAAAGUUUUAUAUUGAAUAUGUCCAACAAUAAAUUGUUGUGAAGUUAAAGUCCAAAAAAAUAUAGUGUAAUUUCUUGUGUUGUUAGUAAGAUCCUAUUGAAUUUUCUUUGUAUUUAGUGAAAAAUAUUUGUACAUAUAAAUUGUACUGAAAUGCAGUUGUGACAUCAAGCAAUGGACUUUUUAAAUAAACUAUAAAUAUUUAAUUACAAA